AUGCAUUCUGUGGGGCGUCCUCAUCUGGCUAAUCGACCUCCUCCGAGUCAACAGCGUCUACGUACGCCAGCAAGGGCGGAGGCGGCCUCAGCGAUUUCUUUGGGCAAGCGACGACCUGCUCCUCUCUUGGCCGGCGUCCCAGCCACUCCGAGCCUUGCUAGCCAGCCAGCCACUUCCAUCGAUGAGUUUGGUCGACCAAUCGAGGAGAGCGAGAACCGAACCCCUCAGAUAGAUGCAGUCAAGCGCAGUCGCCACACGCUCAGCCCUGCCAAGCAUUCGUCGCCAGAGACGAAAGCAAAGCACCAGAUGCUAGGUCCUCAGGCAAAGCAUCCAUCUUCGACACUCCCCAACAGACGUGAGACGACUACAGCAUCCAUCUCGGCAGGACAGAGUCGUAUCCCGCGACAUCGCGCCUCGAUGGAUAGCUUGGCAAAGAGGGCAACGACGACUGCACCCACGCAGGCCGCUCCUUCAAUCGCUACCUCUGCAGGUGGCGAUGACGAGGGCCAAGUCUUUGGCCUGCCCGCAGCACGCUCGAGGACCUUCUCCUUCACUCAGCCCUUACCGGCUCAACAGCAGCCCAAGCCAACUACGUCUUCACCACCAACCAGCAAGACACCAUUUGUCCCAAGUGCACGACCUCGAGCACCUCCCGAUAGCUUGAGGAGCAGGCAGUCCGUCGUACGAGGCAGGUCCUCGGCUGGCAGCGCCAUCAGCGGCGUCCCGUCUACACCCUCCGCAGUCAAGCUCAAGGCGGCCGCCUGGGAGCAGCACGUCGCCACGCCAUCGAUGAAGCCCUCUCCCGCCUCGCAGAACCUGCCUCCCAAAUCCAGCAUCAUCCGCUCGACACCCUCCAACGGCCAAGCUACCGCCCGCUAUCCUCGUCCCUCCUCGAGUCUCGCGCAACGCCUCGCGAGCGAGUCCAACGCCCUCGCGUCACGCCCUCUUCCACAGGGCCUCGAGACGCCAAUUGCAAAGGAGCGCGGCAUGCGUAGGCUCAGUGGCCAGAUGGCAUUCCCGGGCACGGGUAGGUGGAUGAAUGGUGGAAGCCGGGGGUUUCUUGGUAGGAUGUCGUCGGGGACUAGCUUGAGCAGCUUGAUGGGGUGGGAUGCGGAGGAGCAAGAGCGCAAGCAGGAGCAGGAGCGCAAGCAGGAGCACAAAGAGGAGCAGCAGGUCAGUGAGGCACAGGGGCCCAGCACCCCCCUCUCUCCAGUUAAGCAUGUCGUCGAAGAGGCCUUCAUGACCCCGCAAGCAGGGCCCAUCUCGCCGGCACCAGUCGCGGCUCGCUCAGACGAGGCACAGGGUGCGGCAAGCCCCCUCCUCGCCCCCAACGACAGUGUCGCCGUUCGCAAAAAAGAGGAGGAACGACAUCGCUUGGAAGAGGAGCUUCACGAGGCACAUCAGGCCAACAAGAAGCUCACUUUCGCUCACGACGAGGUAUCAAGCAAGCUUCAAGGCGCACUCGAGGCUCAAAGACGCUCCUCGGCUGAACAUCGAUGCCACGUCGAAGAGGCAGGGCGCGAGGCUGCUCGCUCCCGUGCCGAGGUAGCCAGGAUGAAAAGCAUUAUCAGCCAGACCUUUAUCAGCGAGGUCGUGGCCAAUCACUCGCACCUUGCUACGUCCGUCAAGAAAGAGGUCAUCACCAUCGGGCAGCAGGAUGAGCUCUGUCGUCUCCUCCUCUCCCAGCUCGACAUGUACGAGGCGGCGCUGACGACGCGCGGCCAAGACUAG